CAUGUUUCUCACGUAUGAUUCAUAAAAAUUCUAUUUGCCUAUACCCCGUGUGAAACGGAAAAAUGCAAAAACAUAUGCACACUCCUACCCGGUAAUCUCACUUUCUUGCACCCGUUUAUCAGGAAACUGUUGUAAAUCCUUAAAACAUUCAUCGAAUUGCAUAUAACGUUUCGUGAAAAGAAGGUAAAAAGAAGCUUUCGUUUUUUCUCUCCCAUAAUAUCAAUUUCCAAUACGCACGUGUGGUACCCAGCAGUGUAUUACAAUGCGAAGGAAAGUGACAGCAAAGAAAAUAUUCUCGGUCGUCAGGUUGAGUUUGAUUCCAGUUUGGGGUUGGCCCAUACGAAACGCUACAAAGUUUGACAUGUUCUGUGUAAAACUGCAACACUGUUUUAGCAUAAUUAUGACAAUUGGUUUAGUAUUACCAUUAGUAUAUGGUAUAACAGAUAAUUUUAACAAUAUUUCCGACUUAGUAACUCAAAUUGUUGUAUUAGGCGGCCUUAUUCACAGCAUAUCUAACUUCAUCUUUCACAUGAUUAAUUAUCAAAUCCUACAGAAACUUACUUUCGAAAUGGUAGAUUUUUGCGACUUAAUGGAAUCACACGAAGAAGUUAUAAUUCAACGAUACAUUGACAAAUGUGUUUUAUUCCAUAGUCUAUCUAUGAGUAUUUUUUACUUUAUGCCGAUGUUUACUGCUCUAUUAGUACCUUCUUUAACUGAUCAACCAUUUCCAAUAUUAACUAAAUGCCCGUUUGACACGCUUCAACAACCGUUAAGAACAAUAAUCUAUUUACAACAAACUAUUGUCGGAUUGUUUGUAACAGGAGCAUUAUGUAUGAAUAUUUAUAUGGCUCUGUUGAUUUGGUAUGCAACGGCAAGAUUUGAGAUAUUGGCUGAAGAACUGAGAAAAGCUAUAAAUAUCUACGAAUUAUACGAAUGUAUUAAAAAACAUCAAAAAUUAAUUGAAUAUGCAAAUGAAAUCACUGUUGUUGCUCGUCCUAUCGCAUUUUCAACUGUAUGUUGUUGCAUGAUUGGCGUAAUAAUAAGCUUUUGCUUGGUCGUUACCCAUCAACCUAUAGGAAUAAUAUUCCAGUUUACCACCGCAUCUAUGACAGGUAUAUCGGAAGUAUUUAUGUACACUUGGCCAGCAGAAUAUUUGAUACAUAUGUGCAAAGAGGUCGGAGAAGCAGCGUUUUAUCUGCUCGAAAACAACGAUUUACUUCAGAUAUGGAAAUGUCUGCAAAUUAUUAUAAUAAGAAGUCAAAAACCAAUAACGAUUUCAAUACCUUGUUUUAUGCCCACAUUAUCUCUUAAUUAUUUUGCAUCGUUCAUUUCAACUAUACUUUCCUACUUCACAACAUUACGAAUAAUGAUGCUCGAGGCUGAUUAAAUGUAAACACAAUAUUGCACAUACUCAAAAUACUCGCUUUAAAUUAGUGUUUUCACGGAAGAAAACUCCUAUGCAGUGUUAUAUAAUUAAAAAAAUAUAAGUUAUUUUAAGAAACUAAAUUUUUUAUUGGAAGCUAAUAAAAUGAAUUAGAAUUAUUCUCAAAAUGGCUCGAUUAUAACAGGUUAUUUGUGGCAGUUAGAAAGACGCUUUCUUACAAUAUUAGUUAUUUGCAAUGAAUAUUACCAAGUAUUACUCAGUGAUCGAACUAGCUUGUUUGUAAGACACCCACAUGGAAAACUAUUCAUUUCCAUUUAUUACUAAUAAAUCUACUCACAUCAUAAGUCGUGUAUAACAUGCUUGACUUCUUGCAGUCUUUUAAGUAAAACUUUAUUUUCUAAUAAUUUAUACCUAUAAUAUCAUUCCCACAGACGAUUGCUAUGUCUAUAAUCUUACACUCUUCCAUCUAUUUCCGUACUAAAGUUUUUGUAAAGCUCUAAAUUCUUUCUUUUUUCAAAAUUACAACAUAUGAACGUUGCGGGGAAGCGUGAAAUCCAUCC